AUGCCAGAUUCGGAACUGCUGCUUCAUCGCGAUCGGAAUUCGAUACGAUUCGACCUUCGCAGCGCUGGAGAUGUCGUCCUGUACCACCUGAGUUCCUCCGAUCGCGAACUAAGGCCCAUCAUUGGCCCAGUGUCAUCGCCCAGAGCCAUCGGGAUUCUUCGCGGUAUUCUCAUCCUAGACCCUUCAGAUCUAUCGGAGGAUCUUAUCGGACUCAUCAGUUUGAUACCGGAACCAGCUCGCCCUGUGUCCGAGGAAAAUUUCUCUCCUUACCACAUCGAUCUCCUCUGUUCUCAUCAUGACGCCUCGUCGCUCCUCUCGGGCUCGCACUUCGCAACCUGCUCCUACCCUUCUACAACAUAUAAACUCUUCCAGUUCUUCCGCCUCAUUGACCCGCGAAAGAAGUACCAGAUCAAACCAAAAAAGAUUUCUUCCCCUCAUCAGUCCCAGUCCGGCGAGGACGCGGACGAUGCCUCCAAAAAUGACUUCCUACAAACGCGCCAGCGCCAGCGCCCCAGGGGAGACGAAGACAAUAUCUUGAAUGGAGAAGACGAGGAUGGGGAAGACGAAGACGAAGAGGAGGAGAUCACCAGAUGCCUUUGCGGCCAGCAGGAAUAUCCCGGUCUGCCUCCUUCUCGUCGAGAGAUUUUCGGUCGCGGUGGGGUUCAUGGCAGAAUCAAAGAUGAAUCUGCCCUGAACUUCUCUGCCGACUCUUCAGAUCUGAUGUCAGAUGAUAUUGGCAGCAUGUUCAUCCAAUGUGAUUCCUGCAAAGUUUGGCAGCAUGGUGGUUGCGUGGGGAUCAUGGAUGAAGCCAUGAGUCCCGAUGAAUAUUUUUGCGAGGAGUGCCGGAAAGACCUCCACCGAAUCAAAAAUGAAUCAAAUGGACAACACUCAUCCCAGUACCUCCCCGUCGCCCCCCCUUCUACGGCGGUCACCUCUCGCGAAUCCUCUCGGGACAAUUCUAAGCGUGUGAAGGACCCAAAGUCUCGGGCAAACGAUUCGGGUGCCAAUCCUAAACGCCGGUCGACCAUGAAUAGUCGCGACGCAGCCUACGAUGAGGAAGAGCAACUGCGCCGUGCAAUCGAGGAAAGCAAAGAAGAUACAAGUCCUGCUGCGGAAGAUACCGCAGCUCGAAGGGGUAAAAGGGGUCGCAGUGACAGCGAAGUUCAUAAACAGGUAACAAAACGACAGCGUACGAGCUCCCCUUCCCCAGGGGCUGCUUCGAAACAAAGUAAUGCGGGGUCUGCGCCCGCAUCGGAAGACGAGUCGAAAGCAAAAGCAGCCACCAAUGGGGUCAGAAGACAGUGGGCUGCAUCCCGAAGUCAACGUGACAAAGAGACAAAUGAUGCUGAAGAGCCAGAGGUGGAGAAUCCUGAGACGGCCCCUCGCCGGAAAGGCAAGGCUGAUAAGCGGAAGAGUGACGGAACAGAUUCUGACCGCGACACGGGUUCCCAAACCAAACCGGUGACGAAUGCGAACGAACCCGAGCCAUCACAACCCACCCCAGACCCGCCUGCCCUGGCUCAAGACCCUGCAUCCUCUCGUCUAUCCACCCGCAAAUCCGGCAGGCCUCCUGCACGACGCACUCGAGUGGGGCGCAACCAAUAUACCCGAGACCGCGAUGCUCAUACUAAUGGCGGAGACUCGAGCACCAUGACGAAUUCUCCGCGGCGCGGCCAGUCGCAUGAUACGGGGGGAGACUCGCCGAAAGUGGGUGGCAGCACCAAUGGAAUGCAUAUGAACGGCGGAGAUACCGCGAAGCCCAGUCGUCCGCGGUACGUGAAUCAACGGACAACGUUGAAUGAGAUGAAAAGACGUGUUGCUGCAAUCCUGGAAUUUAUAUCACGAAUGCAGGUCGAAAUGGCAGUCGCUGGGGAGAGCAUCACUCCCCCUGGAAAUGGCGACCGACCCAAUGGUAUUAUAAUGAAAACCGUGGGCGAGCAGCUCGAUAACGUGCUGCUGUCAACAACCAGCGAGGGAGAGUCUGGUCCGGGCACCGUUGAUGGUGGCGCUGAAGUCGAACCAUCAUCGGUGGAGAAAGACUUCAAGGAUCUAAGCAGUGUGGAGAUGAUGGAUGUUCUCACACGACAUUUACUAAAGUGGCAGCAAGAGUAUGGCAAGUUUGGAGAGAGGUGA